GUUCCUAGCUGCUCGCUUUCAUCUCCUUUCUCCGUGCAGUUUCCGUUGUCAAUAUUCACUGCAAAUUUUAUCAUGGGCACAUGCACUCGGGACAAGCACGGUUAAUUUUUGCUGACAGGAGAAGAGGAGGAAAAAGGAGAAGAAAAUGGCGAAUAUAGUAAUAGUUCUUUUUUUUAACAACAUGUGAUAAGUGAAAUCUGAACUGAAUCAGAAGUCCGUAGACUUGAAAGUAAUUUAUUAAUUAUUUAAGGGGAAGUUUUCCUUGAUUCUUGUGAAUAAAGAGGACGGACAGUGAAAGAGCAUCAAAAGGCAAAACUUCUUGUCUCAAUCAUUCCACUCCGAGCAAUCGUUGCUCGAUUUUUAUUCGAGGGGAAAGCGUCGGGAGCAGAGUCUGCCGGAAUCUUGGAUCAUUUUGAGGCUUUCGAUUAACCAAGCCUUUUAGCAGGGGUCCUGAAUUUCCGGCCAUGGAGCAAAAGAAAUGGAUCCUUACAGUUGUGUUAGCCUUCGUCGUGGCAAUGUUGCCUUUGACUUUUCGAAUCCUGGAAUCGCAUCAACUUCAGCUUUUAUAUAUGGGGGAACUAACAAACAUGAUACUUGGCAAGCUGGGAGGCUGGGGUUCCAGUAGACAUGACCUUAGCAUAGACAAGGCAGCAAAGAGUAAAGCUAUCGGGCCAAACUUAACAGCGUGCCAUCCAUCUUAUGGUCGUCCAGAUCUUCUUGUUUACUGUUGCCCUCCUGGAUUUGAAUCUCCAUUGCCCUUUGUCGAUUUCCAGUUUCCUAAUCCUCAAUCGCAUGUACGCGUGCGCAGGCCAGCCCACCUUCUGGACCAGAACGACAUCUCCAAAUAUAAUAAGGCCUUGUCGAUCAUGAAGUCCCUGCCAUACGACGACCCUCGAAGUUUUGCACGUCAAGCCAACUUGCACUGUCUCUUUUGCACUGGAGCCUACGAGCAACAAAACUCCGAUACUCCUCUCAGUAUUCACCGGACGUGGUUAUUCUUUCCUUGGCACCGUAUUAUGAUUUACUUCCAUGAACGCAUCCUUGGUAGUCUGAUCGGAGACGACACCUUUGCUUUGCCCGUGUGGACUUGGGACAUCCCUGAAGGAAUGAUGAUUCCGAAUUUUUAUGUCAACAUGAAUUUAUCUUUCUUUCAUCCAGAGCGUGACUUUUCACAUUUUCCACCUCAGAUGGCAGAUUUAGACUAUGCCACUGAAAGACAUAUAAGUCGCGAACAGCAAAUAGAUACAAACCUGGCAUUUAUGUAUACCCAAAUGGUAUCUGGUGCAAGGAAGACAGAAUUGUUCAUGGGAUGCGCAUAUAAAGCCAACGAGGGGUAUUGUAAUGCACCUGGCACUGUAGAGCGUGCUCCUCACAACACUUUACACACAUGGAUUGGCAGCAAUUUAAAUCCUGGAAGGGAAGAUAUGGGUAAGUUUUACUCAGCAGCAAAAGACCCCAUUUUUUAUGCACAUCAUUCUAAUAUCGAUCGUCUUUGGGACGUUUGGAGGGAGAUUCAGGAAUAUCAAUUGGAUAUCAAAGAUCCAGACUGGCUUGACUCUUUCUUUUUCUUCUAUGAUGAGAACUUGAAGCUGAUAAGGGUUAAGGUUCGCGAUGUUCUUGAUAUCACCAAACUUGGUUAUUCUUACGAGGAGGUCGACCGUCCUUGGUUGAAUAAACGUCCCUCGCCUUCAGUUCCUCCAAAACUAGCUCGUCAGAUACUAAAAUCCAAAGAGAAUGAGAACCAAUUUCAAUUUUCAAGCAACCGUGUUUCGUCCUCUGAUUUCAGGCCCCAUGGUCGAGCUCUAGACAUUGGCUUGACAGUAAAGGUUAACAGAUCUAAAGAUCAUUUGAUCAAAAAGGAGAAAGAAGAGGAAGAGACCAUAGUUGUGCAUGGAAUUGAAGUGAAAGGAGACGCAUAUGUUAAGUUUGAUGUGUAUGUAAAUUUGAUUGAUCAGACAACAAUCAGUCCAAAGUUCAGGGAAUUUGCAGGGACCUUUGCUCACAUCCCUGGGGGUGGCGAGAUGAUGAAGAGAAAGAUCAAUCUGAAACUGGGAGUGUCAGAACUAUUGGAAGAUUUGGAAGCAGAUCAAGAUGAAAGCAUCUGGAUAACAUUGUUACCAAGGACAGUAAGCUGUGGUAAUGUAACAAUUGAAGCCAUACAAAUUGAGUACAUCAAAUAAAUCAUUUCUUGGUUAGGAAAUAAAAAGAAAACUUUUUGAAGUCUCCUUUAUUUUGGAGAUCUCAUUGUUAUGAUGCAAGAUAUUUUCUUUUCUUCUUUUUUUUUAUUUUGUUUUUUAUUAUGGAGUUCAAAUGAAUCGUCGGUGAUGAUAAUGGAAACUAUCAGUCAUUGGUCUAUGCAAAUUCC